AUGACGUCCUUACUCCUAGGCUCAUUCCAAGAGGCGCACAGACACCUGCUCAGCCGCGCCGGCGAGCAGGAAUCGUCAGUCUACCUCGGCCUGGUCUUCAAGGCCUACACUCUCCACACAACAAGCCAAUUUGCGCUGGCAUACUUCUUCCUCAUUGUGCUCGGAAUCGCUGAGCGGCUAUUCUCGCUGGGCAUCGACAGCAUUCAUGACAAGCCCGGCCAACCAUGGCGAAUUUUCCCCCGCGCCUGCAUCUACUUUGUCAUAACCAUUAUCCGCUACGUGCUGAUGAUUGUUAUCAUGAACGGGUACAUCCCCAUGUUCCUUGUCACAUGCUUGGGCUUGACUCUGGGCCAGAUUGCUGUCGAGGGAAUUCGGUACGUCAAGAUGAUGCGCUCUAUCAGGCGGAGGGCUGCCGCUGGUGCGCAGAACAACGCUGAUGGUUUUAAUUCGCCAAAGACGUCGGGGUCGCUGGCCGACUCGUACGAACAGGGCCCUAAGACCACCCACGUCAGUGAAUCCUGCUGUUAA